AUGGGCUCUAAAGCUGAGUUUUCAGGGGAGCUGAAGGGAGUGAAAUCCCUUGAAACUCAGAGACUGAACAUUUUUAACAUCUCGGUUUCAAUGGUGAAGUCAGCAUCUGAAAAAGUUACGUAUUUGGGUAAGGUUUCCACAACAGGGAUGCAAUUUUUGUCAGGCUGCACAGAGAAACCAGUCAUUGAAUUAUGGAAGAAGCACACGCUUGCCAGGGAGGAUAUUUACCCAGCUAAUGCCCUUCUGGAAAUUCGCCCUUUUCAAGUCUGGCUGCAUCAUCUGGACCUCAAAGGUGAGGCGACAGUCCACAUGGAUACCUUUCAGGUAGCACGUAUAGCCUACUGCACUGCUGACCACAAUGUCAGCCCAAACAUCUUUGCUUGGGUCUAUCGGGAGAUCAACGAUGACUUGUCCUACCAGAUGGACUGCCAUGCUGUAGAGUGUGAAAGCAAGCUGGAGGCCAAGAAGCUGGCCCAUGCCAUGAUGGAGGCUUUUAAGAAGACUUUUCACAGCAUGAAAAGUGAUGGCCGGAUCCACAGGAACAGCUCGUCAGAGGAAGUUUCUCAUGAAUUUGAAUCUGACGAUGGCUGACUGAACUCAUUCACGGUUCAGCAAAGGCAGAAAUGGCCUAGGGAAUAAGAGCUGAUAGAUGAAUAAGCAACAAUUGAAACUGGGGAAUGAAAGGACUGCCAAAUACUUGUCUGACCAGCUUUUUCAAUCAAAAGAGCAAUUCAGUACCUACAGAUAUGCAUCAUUAAAGUAAUUACGUUACAUUGAAAUCUGCUGCUGUUGUAAAAGUGAGAAAAAAGCUCCCUCUCCCAUCUCUCUCACCCACCCAUUACUGUCUGUUUCUUGUCUCUGUAGUUCAGGUGCAUACCAUGAAGUAGAGUCAGUCCUGUUUGUCUUGUAAGACUGGUCAGGCAAUUUUAUUAGUUGCUUCUCUGGCAUUCCUAGCUGGGGGCUGAUGCACAAGAGCAAGUAGACCUGGAAAGCCCUAAU